GUGGGCGGCAGAGCUCCUCCCUCGCUCAUCCACGCCAUGUCUGCCUCCCGCUUCGUACUCUUGGCGGCGCUGGCCGCCUGCUGCAUCGCGGCCCACGCCGCCCUGGUCCCCGUCAAGCAGGACGCCUUCCAGACCGUCGGCACGUGCAAGGACAGCGACGUGCUGCUGCACGCUGAGACGGUGUGGAAGUCCGCCAAGUGGUUGCAGAUCCGCCACCAGCUCGUGUCGUACCCCGCCGACCAGACCGAAGAGCCCGCCGGCGUCAUCAGCUGCGUGCAGCUCGCGGCCCAGAAGAACACCAACAUCGGCUCGGCCGUCCUGCAGUCCGGCGGCCCCGGGCAGCGCGCCGCCACCAUCAUGGUCAAGUCGGAGCGCGGCCACAGUGUAGGCUGGAACGUGCUCAUCUUCGGCAGCAAAGAAUAAACUAGUUGUUACCCUCCCAUGACUCACCGUGAUAUUUUGUAUAUAUUUUAUAAAAAAAAUAAACGCAAGUUUCUUGAUCUCAA